AUGGCUGAGUAUGUAGUUUCGACUGUCGUGGAAAAACUCACAAACUGGAUCACUGAAGAAGCACUUCUCUUGGAGGGUGUGGGUGACAAAGUUGAGCAACUUCGAGACGGACUGCGGUGGAUGCAAAGUUUCCUCAAGGAUGCAGAUGUAGAGCAAGAGAAAAAUGAAAGACUUCGCAAUUGGGUGUCUCAAAUCAGAGAAGUGGCUUUGGAUGCUGAAGAUGUUAUAGAAACUUACAUUGCAGAAGCAGCAUCUCACAGUUCAUGGAACAUAGCUGCAAAGUUAAUCAAUCUUUACUGGGCCGGAAAGAAGAUUGGAAAAAUCCAAUCUAGGGUCCAAAACAUUUCAAGCCAAAAAGAACAUUUUGGAAUCACUGGCACUGCUCGAGAGGGACAUGAAGGGACGAGUGCUUCCCCAAAUGAAAGGCUCCGAUGGUGGAGACAGACAUCACCCAACAUCGAGGAAGAUGAUUUGGUUGGUCUAAUAGAAGAUACCGAAGCAUUGCUAAGACAACUAUCUACCACGGAGCCUCGUCGCCGUGUGGUUUCUAUUGUGGGCAUGGGAGGUCUCGGCAAAACUACUCUUGCCAAAAAAUUGUACAAUCAUAGUGAUCUCAAGAAUGAAUUUGAUUGUAAAGCGUUUGUUUAUGUAUAUAAAGAUUACCGUAGAAGAGACACUCUGCAAGGGAUAAUUGUAGCUGUAAAUCAUGGUUGCAAUAUGGAGGAUUUGAAGAAACUACAAGAGGAGGAGCUGGUAUUGAAGUUGCGUCAGUUACUGCAGGAGAAGAGGUAUCUAGUGGUUCUUGAUGAUAUAUGGGAAAUAAAAGUCUGGGAUAGCUUGCAAUCUGCAUUUCCAAGUGGGAAGAUGGGAAGUAAGGUGAUGCUCACCACCCGAAAUAAGGAAAUUGCUUUAUAUGCAGAUGCAAUGAGCGAACCCCUUGAGCCGCAAUUUCUAACACAAGAUGAAAGCUUUGAACUGUUCCGCAAGAAAGCAUUCCCAGGAAUGAAUGAAAUGCGGAUGCCUUCUGAUUUGGAGAAUCUCGGAAGACAGAUGAUGGUGAAAUGCAGUGGCUUGCCGCUCACGGUGGUGGUGCUUGGAGGAUUGUUAUCCACGAAAAGGAAGACUGCAGAGGAAUGGACACGUGUGCUACAAAACAUCAAUUGGCGCCUGAUUGGUCAAGAUCGCGUUUCUGCAGUUUUAGCUCUAAGCUACAAUGAUUUGCCUUUCCACUUAAAAUCCUGUUUUCUCUAUUUGGGUCUUUUCCCCGAGGAUUCCUCUAUAUCGAAAAGAAAGUUGAUACACUUGUGGGUUGCAGAAGGAUUCUUACCACAACAAGGAGAAGAAGUGGCAGAAGGUGUUGCUGAAAAUUGCUUAAACGAGUUGAUUGAUAGGUGCAUGGUCAAAGCAGGAAUCUCACUUGGAAGGGUUAAAACUAUUCGGAUGCAUGAUCUUCUCAGAGACUUCUCUGUCUUGAAGGGGAAUGAGGAGUGCUUUCUUGAAGUUCAUAGUGGGCACAAAAUUGAAUCGCCAACACCACAACGGACCAAAUCUCGGAGGCUUGCAAUCCAUGUUGAAGAUAAUCGGUAUGUUUUUCUAAAGCCAUAUGCCCCCUACUUACGCUCCCUUCAAUUUUUCAAGAUAGGGAAUGCAGAAAUUGGCUUUAUUUACAAGGAUUUCAAGUUGCUCAGGGUCCUAGAUGGUGUUCCCGUGCAAUCUCGGGCACUAGGUGCGGUAGGAAACCUAAUUCAACUGAGGUAUCUAGGAUUAGUAAGUAGAUCUGAUUUUAAGUAUGCGAGAUCAUUAAAGAGCUGGGCUAGGUUCGCUUUCGAGUUCCCUCGAUUGAUUGGAAAAUUGAAGAAUCUACUGAUACUUAAACUAGAAAAUUGCAUCCCUGAUGUUAUUUGGAAGAUGAAGAAUCUAAGACAUUUGUUCCUUUCUGGAACCAACCAGAUGAAUCUUAGACUCGAUACCUUGAGCAAUUUACGGACACUAAAAAAUUUAGGGAGUGGAAGAUGGAUAGAAGAUGGUGGUUUAGUCAACUUGACUAAUUUGCAACGACUGAAGAUAGUAGGAUUAAAAGAGGCAAAUUUAAACUCUGUGUUCUCCAACAUUGAGGGAUUGCACUGCCUUGAAUCCUUGUCGCUGGAAUUCAGAGAAAACGAAUCACUUCCACCACCCUUAACACUUUCUCAUUUUGAGCAUCUCCUCAAGCUCCAUUUGGAUGGGAAAAUAGUGAAGCUACCUGCUCGGCGUGAAUUUCCUCCGAACCUCAUCAAGCUACGUUUGUUAAAUUCCUAUCUCGACCAAGACUCAAUACGUAAACUUGGGAGGUUGCCAAACCUACAGAUGCUUCUCUUGGGAGCCUAUUCAUACAACUGGAAAGAACUGGUUUGCAGACGAGGGUUUCCUCAAUUGCACAUUCUACAUAUAGAAGAUAUACCAAAUAUGGAGUUGAUAGUGGAAGCUUGGGCAAUGAAGAAGCUAACGCAUCUGAAGGUAAGGCGCUGUCCAGGAGUGUCGAUUGAAAUUCUUGGCAGGAGAUGGUUCAUGAACAUAGAAGUGUUGGACAGUUCUUCGAUUAAAAUAGACGUUCCUAAUCGCUGA